AUGUCUCAGAACGCGCUAGGGACGAUUGAAGAGUCGGGUCUCUCAGAUGCACAAGCAACACCGACGACCGCAAAUACAUCAACUGAAGAUCUCCUGUCUCGUGUGACACCAAUACAUCCACUAGAACCCGCCCCAGCAAGCGCAGAGGCAGAGGAUGAAGAUGACGAAGAACCGUUUGUGUAUCCAGGAGCAAGCGACGCAUCAAUUCAUCACGAGCAGCAACAGCAAGAAGUUCCAGAGCUUCCCGUGGCGGUCCCGGCUCCUGAACCUCCAGCGGAGCGCGAUCCAGCUCUCUUAGAGGAAAUUUACGCGGCUGCAACAGCGGGCGACCUCCAUCUGCUGCAAACACUGUUUCAGACAGCCGUUUCAUCUGGUUCAGGUGGAACGGAGGCAUUUGCGCUGGCAAACGACGCGACAACGCGGACCGGAUUGACGCCUCUGCAUGGUGCCGCGAGCCGUGGCCAUUUAGACAUUGUUCAGUGGCUGGUCGAGUGUACAGGUGCCAUCGUCUCCAUCGAAGAUAAGGAGGGUGAGACCAGUCUUCACAAAGCAGCGCAGAACGGGCAUCUUCCAGUCGUAGAGUUUCUCAUCUCGGCGGGCGCGGACCCAAACUGUGCAGAUCAUGACGGUUGGACGCCCGCGCACAUUGCCUGCUCCAAAGGCUACCUGGAUAUUGUGCGAUACCUGUGUACUCAUGGUGCAGAAGAUCGCAAGAGCAAAGGAGGAUGGACACUUCUCAUGAAUGCUGCCUCCAAAGGACAUCUCCCUGUUGUUCUUUAUCUCCUCUCGAAACGGCGGGUGGACCCACUAGUCCGCAACAACUGGGGAGAAACAGCCUUUGAUAUUGCAGCUGCAGUGUUUGAAGUUUGGAUUUGCGAGGUGCUGCAAAAGUUUGAAAUCGAGAAAUGGUCGAACACCUAUCCUUCAUACAACACUUUGGCGGUUCAUACCACAGUCCCCCUGAUCCUCUACGAGAAUCAACGCUUAGACACCAGGCUCAAGACUAUUGCCGUGUCCGGUGGACGACCGAAGUUUUCAGCAAGUGGUCUUGGGCAUAGGGGCCGUCGCGCUCCAUUUGAGCUACGAAUGCCCCUGGGAGACGAUCCUUCUGCUCCGCGAGAAGUUGCCGCAUGGAGGAGCGACGUUUACCCCCCCUUAUUGGAGGAUCCUUUCACCCUUCCCGUACCAAAACAUACUCGGGAGCCCCGUAACCGGCCAGAGGUUGGGGAAAGAAGUCACUUCUGGCUAUCUGAUUGGACUCUCGACCUAACGGAUCCUCGGGCAGAUGCGAAUGAGGGGUGGCAGUACGCUCGUUCAUUUGACGAUCCUGACGAUCAGUGGACCGCCGAACCGCCUCAGGCUCUCGACCGACUCCUUUCGGGAGCCGGUGUCCUGAGUCGUGCAAGUUCGUCUUCGAGCUCCCAGCCUGUUAGCAUUGUAGGCGGGUCUCAAGCGCCAUCCCCAGAUGCCACUACCUGGGUUCGACGUCGUCGUUGGAUCCGGGUUCUCCGUCGAAGACUCGAUAUCCCCCCAUUGCCAUUCCUACAACCAGACGGUAUCCGCUACUAUCUCAGUGCAGACGGUACUCUGGUUCCAUCCGAGGAGGGUCAUGUCGGUUCCUUUGAAGGAGAGGGUCAAGAGUUGGGUACCUUUACAUCUUCAAAUGGACAGGACUACGUCUCGCGGGCACGCUAUCUCGCCGGUACACAGCGCAAGGGCAGUCUCAGCGUAGGCUUGCUCGAUAACAAUGGCGCUGGCGUGAAUGGAGACAUCAGUGCCGCCGACCUGAAAAGAGCGAUAGGCAGGCUGGAGAGAGCAACUAUUGAACUGCGGACUGGUAGUCUAAACGACGGAGACGCGGACAGAAAGACACAAGCGGAGGUCUUGCUGAAUGUUUACAAGCAAGUCAAGUUUCAUCGCCACGCCGACAUGCUCUUCUUGUGCUUCGCAGCUGAAGAUGAUUUGGAUAUCGGGGACGACAACUCGAGCGAUUCUGAUGAGAGCUUUCACUACCCCAUGGCCUCGUCCCCAACCUCGACGGCACGCCCGUCGUCUGUGCGCUCGCACGCGACCAGUAUGGACAAUUACUUUGGAUUUGUACCAUCUGCAGCCUCUUCUAGCUCCGCUGGACCAUCGAGGCGCGCAGUGGACCUCACACCCCAGCUCUCGCAAGCACCAGAGUUUAGGGUGCCGACACAUGAAGCCCCGCAGAAAGUGUCGACGCCACGAUGGACGGCGCCGACUCCACAGUCGAUUCAAAUACGAUGGGAACGAGACGAUGCAGUUCAAGAGUGCAACAAUUGCCGGCGGAGGUUUACAUUCUUCUUGCGCAAGCAUCACUGUCGACGGUGUGGCAAAAUCUUUUGUGACAGCUGCUCGUCUCGCAAGGCCUUGCUUGAUCCUGCGGAUGUAGUCCAAGACCCGGCGUACAGAGACUCGUUUAGCUUUAGCACGAUGACCCACCGUGUGUGCGACUCGUGCUACGAGCAAGCGACUGCCAAUGUCCCCGCGCGUCUGCAAAACGCAAAUUCUGGACCGGCGCUCGAACGCAUCGUUGUCGAGGCGGCGUCGUUGCUCUCUGUUCCGCGCAAUCGUCAAGAUUCGAUGAGCCAGAUUAGCGAUUUGGCGGAUUGCCCAGUCUGUGGGACGUCGUUGGCCGAACUCGGAGGUCCGGCUAUCCAAGAGGCGCACGUCAAGUCGUGUUUGGAUGGACCAAGUGGUGGACCUGGAGGGAACCAGGCUGCUCGAUACUUGGUGUACAAGUUGCCGGCCGAGAGUACCCUUGUCGGGGUGUGA